AUGUCUUCGCUCUCCAGCACUCACACUGGCAGCCUCUUCGACGCGGUCCACCUCCUCUCGGGUGUUGACCUGCUGUCUCGCGUACUUCGCAGUAUCUCUCCUGCUCUUCGACGGCUCUACUGCUUCCUGUUCGGCUAUGCACUUGCUCCUUCGCUCGAUGCGCCUCCUACGGUCUUCCUAUUGGACGGCCCACGCGCAUCAGUGUACUCGAACAGUGACGGAUACUCCCCGGUCAAGGCCUUUGUUCCCGCCUGCAUACUGGGGAGCAUCAUUCUGCUCGUCUUUGGUUUUACUAUCGUCUAUCGGUUCUCUCGCUCUAGGACGCCUCACUCUGAACUCUCCCCUGGUAUUCAAUUCUAUUACGACACCAUCUACGACACCAUCGACAACCCUGGGGACGCCCGCUCUUCCUCCUGGGCUAGUGAUGACGACAACUAUGAAGAACAUCACCUCGACUUCAUCAGCGGCAUCGACGAGGAUGCCAACUUCGAACAGCUCCCACCGGUGCCCUCCCUUGAAUUCGUCAGCGUCGGCGCCGUGGAGGACCCCGACUACAUUGACCCCAUCUUCGCUGUGCUUCGCGAGUCCCGCAGGAAGCGAAGGGCGGCGCGGAGGAUUGCUCGCCUCGAGGCCCAGCGGGAAGCCCUGCAGCGCGCCCUCGUCUUCGACAUGGUGUGGGAGACUGCACGGGAGGCUCGAAGGAAGAAGGAGGCCAGGAUCGCUUCGCCCGACAACCCUGAAGUG